CGGAAGUAGAGAUGGGGCUUUAACACGCUCAUAGGAAGUUAUGUUUCCUGUCAUUUAGAAGCGGUGGUCAUGGCGGUCGAUUCUAAGUCCAGAACAAAACGAUAUGAAAAGCUUGAUUUUCUUGGCGAGGGUCAGUUUGCCACUGUAUACAAGGCCCGGGAUAAGAAUACAAACACCAUAGUUGCUAUAAAGAAGAUUAAAGUUGGUCACAGAGCAGAGGCUAAGGAUGGAAUUAAUAGAACUGCCCUUCGUGAAAUCAAGCUGCUGCAAGAGCUAAGUCACCCAAACAUAAUUGGGCUCUUAGACGCCUUUGGGCACAAAUCCAACAUCAGCUUGGUUUUUGACUACAUGGAGACAGAUUUGGAGGUGAUCAUUAAAGACACCAGUUUGGUGCUGAGCCCAGCUAACAUCAAGGCCUACAUCCUGAUGACUCUGCAGGGCCUUGAGUAUUUGCAUCAACACUGGAUCUUACAUAGGGACUUGAAGCCUAAUAACCUACUUCUGGAUGAGAAUGGAGUCCUUAAGCUUGCUGAUUUUGGUUUGGCAAAGGCAUUUGGAAGUCCGAACAGAGUUUACACGCAUCAAGUUGUCACAAGAUGGUAUCGUGCCCCAGAGCUCCUCUUCGGUGCCAGGAUGUAUGGCGUUGGGGUGGACAUGUGGGCCGUUGGCUGUAUUCUUGCUGAGCUGCUUCUUAGGAUACCAUUUCUACCUGGGGAUUCAGACCUGGAUCAGCUGACUAAAAUAUUUGAAGCACUUGGCACGCCGACAGAAGAGACAUGGCCGGGGAUGAGCAGCCUCCCAGACUACGUGUCAUUCAAGCUGUUCCCGGGGACCCCUCUGGAGCACAUUUUUAGUGCUGCCAGUGAUGACCUUCUGGAACUGCUGCGCGGCCUGUUCACGUUCAAUCCAUGCACCCGCAUCACAGCCAUGCAGGCCUUGAAGAAGAGGUACUUCAGCAAUAGGCCCGGGCCAACCCCUGGUCCACAGCUCCCCCGACCUAACUCCUCCGCUGAAGCCCUGAAGGAGAAGGAGAACGUCACCAUCGGCAUCAAGAGAAAGCGAGAUUCCACAGAACACGGUUCCCUGAAGAAGAAGCUGAUUUUCUGAACUUCUGAUGUUGGCAUGGAGCCUCCAUCGCUGUGGCUGCUGAGGAUGCUGGUGAUGAUGUGACCUUCGGCACCUGGCAGCGCUCUCCGGCAGUCCGUCUGGGACGAGUCCCACGUGGCUGCAGCUGUGUUUGGGGGAGAAAAUAUGCUGCCCCGUUUCGCUAGAGCCCAUAGAGCAAAGCUUUGUAGGCUGAGAAAGGUUAAUUGUUUUGUAUUUUGUUUUAUAGCUUUACAUAUGUAUAUAAUGUAGGUGAAUAAAGUUUGCAAAUAAGUGUG